AUGGCCAAAGAAAGUCAAAUGGAAAAACCAAAACCGUUCAAUAAAGAGAAGAAGCACAAGCAGAAGUGUAAGAAGCACCAGCACAAGCCCAAGCAUGUGAUCAAGGAACUGGGAAAUAACCUUAAUAGCCAAGUGCCAGAUCACGAGAAACAAAGUGUAAGGGUGGCGAUUAGAAAGGAUGGUAAGCUGAAGCAACAUAUUGAGCGCGACGAGCUGCAGGGUCAGCAAAAAACCUGCGAGCUAGAAGGUUUGCAGAAUAUCCAACAGAAAAAGUCCAAGGGGUUAGAGCUCGCGCGAAAAAUGCAAAAGCUCGAGCGCCAGCAAAAAGGCAAAAGCCAGGAUAAGGCACGCUCGCAGGAAGAGUGCGAACAAAGCAGCGGAUAUAUAGAACAACAGCAAAUAGAUGAGACGAACGAGUGCCAGCAACGAGCCAGGGCUCAAGAGCAGAAGGAUAAAGGGGAGAAAAAGAAGCACAAGCACAAAAACAAGGGCGUAGAGCGUGAUCAAAAAACCAUUGAGCACAAGCAUCACCAAAAUGCCGAAGGCGAAGAGCUUCAACAAGGAGAGAAGGAGCAAGAGCAACAGCGGAAUGACGAAGAGAUCCCCCAGCAGCCAAACUGUAAAAAGUUCAAAGCACAGGAGUCGGAAUUCGAGCAGAUAUCCAAGCAGGAAUUGGAGCAACGUCCCAAAGCCGACGAACCAAAUUGCUUUCUAGAAUCCCAGGUUGCAGAGUUGCAAGAUGGAAUCCAGAAGCUAAGUAUUUUAGAUUGCCAGCAAUUGGCACACCAGAUAUAUUACAUCCCAAGUCCCACAGAGCAAAAUAAUAUUAUGCUGGACUUCGGCAACCGGCAGAAGGUCGAAAUAGUUUUUCGCAAAAGGGAAAUCAUCGAGCCUACACGCCUGCAGAAAUCCCAGGAGUUGGUCGGCGUUCACAAAUCCAUAGAGCGCCAGGAAAAGUCUAAGCAACAAGAUUUGGAACGCCAGCAAAAAUUCCCGGCGGUGCAAAUGCUGCAGAACCAAUACGAACUAGCCUGUCUUCAAAAAGCCCAAGAAAUAGAGCCCAAAAAAACAGCCAUAAAAAGUAAACCAUCUGUAGAUGUACAAGAGAAGCAAAAAGUACAGCCGUUUUAUCAAAACCAGGAGUUGGAAUGCUUACAAAGGGCCAUGGAGAUAGCGCGCCAACAUAACGUCAAAGGUGCUCCGGCAUCGGGCGUGGACGUGAAAGAUGAGCUAAAAUCGCAGCCACAAGCCCAGGUGGUUGAGCUACAGCAAAAAUCCCAUGAUUUGGAGGGCCAGCAAAGGGUUAUGGUUGCUGAGUGUCAGUACAAGACUCAGGAACUAGCGUGCUUGCAGCGAGCCAUGGAGAUAGAGCUCCAGCAUAAGCCCCCGGAGGCAGAGCAGCAACCAGUGGUCUUGAAAGUUAAGCAGAAGCUACAGCAAAAAGACCCAAAGGACGAAGAGCGCCAGCAACUAGAGUGCUUGGCAAGAGCCAUGGAGAUAGAGCGCCAGCAUAAAGUCCAAUAUGUGGAGCGCAAGCCAAUGCUCAUUAAAAAAAAAAAUGAUCCAGAACACAAAGAGAAGAAGGGCAUACAAAACGCCCCGAAAACGCCGGUAGUGGGCAUGCCAAAAUCCGAAAUCGUUGGGUGCAAUUAUAAAGCUGGGGAGAUUAUGUACUUACAACAACUCGAGGCCAUUAACCAGCAAAAUGUACAGAAUUAUUCGAUUCAGCAGAAUGCGUAUCUGCGCGAAUCUCAGCAGAUGGCCCAACAGCGCCCACAAAGUGCUCAGGAGAUAGAGCACCGGCAGCAAAGGGCCGUUGAAGUAAGCCACCAGCAAAGAGCCCAGGUAGUAGAUCGCCCGCCAAUGGGUAUGCAGGUGCAAUGCGAAGCAAAACGAAAAACGAAGAAAAAUGAUAAGCAAGAGCAUAAAAUCAAAGCAUUUGAACGCCAGAAAAAGUCCCAUGAGCUACAGCUAGAGCAUGAGGUAGAGCGCCAGCAAAAACACCAGCAGGGAGCCCUUGAGUGGGAUCGUCAGCAAAGGACUAAGCACGUAAAGUAUGAGCGUAAAGCCCUAGAACUUCAUCCCCAGCAAAUACAGAAAGGAGAAGAGGGCUUGCAGAAAGUCAAGGGAGAAGAACGGCAGGAGCAAAAGUUAUUGAAGAAAAAAACUAAAGAACUGAAUCGGCAAAGGGCCAAGGAAAUCAAGCGUUCUCAAAGAGGUGGGGAGAUUGAGACCGAGGUUAAGGCCCAGGAACUAAAGGCCGCACAAAGAGCGACAGAAGUAGAGCUUCAGCGAAAAUGUUGGGAGAAAGAACGACAGCAAAAAGCCAAAGAGCAAGAAGGCCUACGAAGUGUCGCAGAGUCUGAGCAUCAGCAGCAAAACAAUAAUUUGCAAAAAUACUCGGAUCUAUCUCAAAAGUUUAAGGCCAUGGAGCCCAAAAACUCAGAGAGGUCUCAAAAUAAGGCCAUCAAAUUAGAGAUAAAAAAACAAGAGAAGCAAGACGUAAAAAAUUAUAUAAAACGAGAGAAAAAGCACACAGACCAGGAGCGGAAACACAAGCCCAAGAAUAAAAACCAAGCACAGGUGCCCAGUGAGGACGAAGAGUUUGACGAAAAGAGAGCUCAUAGAGUCAUCAAUAUAAGUGGGUUGAGGAACGCCCGCAAAGGAUGGAUUGUCAAACUCCCCAAAUAUGUAAUCGAACGCUGGAAUAAGUUGCCUUUGGGUUCUGAAGUAGGAACAGUACGAAUUGUGCGACCCCCAACAAAUCGAGCCGAUACUUCGCCAGCCGUGCUGCUUAAAAUGUCUGAGGCAGCGUUGAAUGCAGACAUUUUUAAUCCCAUACCCUCGAUGCAUGUCCUAGAAAAUAUUCCUGCUCAACAACAUAAUGCAGCGGUCUAUGGGGAGCGCUCGAAUGGUAAGUUUGGGAUUCGAGCUCGUGUUGUAAACCGCCUAGACGGGCGCCCAGCCGAAGUGGAUCAGGUUUAUCUGGACAUGAAAAAACGCGAAAGGCUUCAAUUAGAAGCCAACCAACGUACGAUUGGAAUUCUCGAUGUCCUACCACCGAGGUUUCUGCCGGUCUCAGAUCAUCCGGAGAACAUCGAGCACCGGAAGAAAAAGAAGGCCGCUGGGAAGCGUGUUCGCAGCAAUAAGACUGUCGUCAUGGACAUGCUAUUUGAUGCCUUUGAGAAACACCAGUAUUAUAAGCUCAAUGACCUUGUCAAUUUAACCAAUCAACCUGUCAAUUACUUGAAGAGCAUUCUCAGAGAGUACUGCACCUUCAACACCAAGGAUCCGCACAAAUAUAUGUGGGAGCUAAAGACAGAGUACAGACGCUAUUUAGAAGAGGAUAAUGAAAAGAGCAAAAACAGAAGUAAAGCUAAGAAGGAAUUACCGCAAUCAAUGCGCACAUCCCUUCAUGGGAAGACAACCAAGUCUGUAUCCGAGUCUGAUGAUGAUGGUGAAUUCGAGUCAGUGGGAUCCUCAAAUGAGGGUGGCUCUUCCGAUAAAGAGACAUCCAAGCCCAACAGUCAAAUACCGGACAUGUGGCUAGACCCAGAAAAACUUGAAGAGGUCAAGCAGGAACGAAACGCAAGUUUCUGA